CAACUUACUUACUUUUUCUUCGAAAAGCUAUCCAUUGAAAUGACUAGAUGGCACUCUUCCAGGACUUAAAUAAUAUAGUAUUAGUUUUAAACACAGAGUCAAAGACACUUUACCUCCGAGGAGCACCGUUUAUUUGUUCCAAACUUCACGGGGUGGUUUGGGGAAAACAAAUCCGCUUGCCAAGCUCACGGGGUCAUGAACUGGAACUAGCAGGUCUUCCAGGUGAAAGCGAGCGGACUCUUAUAGCUAUAAAGCCAGAUGGAGUUCAACGUCGUCUUGUUGGACAAAUCAUUCAGCGCUUUGAGCAGCGGGGCUUCAAGCUCGUUGGCAUGAAAAUGAUGAAGGUGUCAGAGGAUCUGCUGUCUCAGCAUUACUGUGAGCUGAGGACCAAGCCCUUCUAUCCCAGCCUGCUGCAUUACAUGACCUCAGGGCCUGUGGUUGUCAUGGUGUGGGAAGGGCACGAAGUGGUCCAGACCUCACGUAAGAUGGUGGGCCACACUAAUCCAGCUGAGGCCCAAGCAGGCACAGUUAGAGGAGAUUUCAGCAUUCAUGUCAGCAGGAAUGUGGUUCAUGCCAGUGAUUCACUGGAGGGCGCACAGAGAGAGAUCCAGCUGUGGUUUCAAGGAAAGGAGCUCCUGAACUGGGACUGCUGUGACCAGACCAGCACCUGUGAGGUGUGAACACAAACGCAGAGAGAAUCAGUAAUACUACCUCUUCUCCUGCUGCUCAAAGGUCUGUCUCUUGUGACAGUGUGACCACAGUGAUUGAAAAAAUUAGUCGUGUUCAUAGCAAAUAAUUUACCUCAGUAGGUGCACUUAGAAUCGCAGUUUUUGUUGAAACAAAUUUGACUGUGUUUUCAAUUUAUUACCAACUCCAUGCACAUAAAUGUAUAGCUGUUACAUCUCUCACUGAACAGCUAUAAUAUUUAAAUUUAUUAAACAUGAAUGACGGAUGCAGAGAUUCAAUGGCUCAGUACCUGAUUUCGCAGCUGAAAUAUUGCAUGUGGCUCAAAGUGGGCGGAACAUCAGAAUAUAUCCCACAGUAUCCGAACACGUCUAAGUCCUUCUGACUGAUGGAUCAAAUUUGAUGUGAUUUUUUUUAUUUGAUUCUGGCUUUUAUCCCAAAGUCAUAGUUAACAGUAAUCUAAAUAGCUAUUUAGUUACAAAUUACUUUGUCAGAUCAAUACCAAAUUUAAGUAUUGCCAAGCAAUAAAGUAAGAUCUCAUUUGAACAUAAUCUAACAAAGCCUUGCUAUGAAGUAAGUAAACUGCUGUAUAAAUUUUUUUAAAUUUAACAAAUUAUGUGUAGUGGUGUUUUUGGGAGUAAGGCGUUCAACAAAUCAAAAUAGUUGACUUAGACAUAGUUCAAGUAAACAAUUAACUAACUAGAGUAAUUAAGUGCAUUUGUGUAACUGAAGUUGUUAUGCAAUCCGCCUACCUCUGGUUAAAACUACUUGUCUGAAAUGGGCGUAGCUGUUCGUAGUUAAGCCAAAAUCAAAUAAUCACUGUUACCACUAAAACAUCUGACCUCUAGUGUAUGUUAUUUGUAAAAUGUGCUGGUGCUGUCAAUGUACAUACGUACUAAAGUGUGCGCUGCAUAGCUCGGCAUCAUGAUUUACCUAAACCUGCUUUUAUAGAACACAGGACAGAUUUGGCGUGUCACUCGGUUUUUUAAUACCGCUGAAAAAAAUAACUUCUGUUACUUGUCUAGAAUUCUUCACGUAAUUUUUAAAAAAUUGUAUGUUUUGAUCAUAUAACUUUUCUAUCUCAGAAUAUGUAAAGAAGGGUUGCAAUAAACUCAUAAUACAAAAAUACACGUUCCAGUAAAUCCGUUGUGUCUUCGUGUUGUAUAUUAUGUCAUGAUAUGCUCCUUAGCUAAAGUCACAAUGAAACGCACAGAAUCAGAAAUAUUUUAGUCUCCAUAAAACAGUCUGGAUUGAAAUUGUAUAUUGAUGUCAUCACUUUAAUGUGUAUUUAGUAAACAUCUGGCUGCAACAAGUGACAUUGUCUUAAUACAGGUUGAUGUGCAAGCAAUAAAAACACUGACUGAA